UUUAACAUAUUCAUUCUCAGAGUGCAACAAUUAACAGAAAAAAGACAAAAACAAAAAAAUUUAGACAUACUUCCAAUUUUCAGAAAUUUUAAACAAUCUUUUAAAUGCGCGAGAUUGUUCACAUACAGGCAGGUCAAUGCGGGAAUCAAAUCGGUGCAAAAUUUUGGGAAGUAAUAUCUGAUGAGCAUGGUAUUGAUCCUACUGGAAUGUAUAAUGGUGAUUCUGAUUUACAAUUAGAAAGAAUUAAUGUCUAUUACAAUGAGGCCAGCGGUGGGAAACAUGUACCUAGGGCUGUUUUGGUUGAUUUAGAAGUAAGAUAUAUGUAUAUAAUUUUUAAAUAUCUAUUAUAUGAAAAAUAAUAAUAUAACAAAAAAGAAAAACAAAAAAUAUAAAGCCAGAUAAAACAGUAAACUCUAGAGAAAAUUUUAGCCUG